UAACAUAAUUACGCAUGCGCUGAAAAAUUAGAAUGAACACAUAACCACGAGGUAGAAAUUGAAAGUAAACGUACAACAUAACCUACAAGAAAACGUUUAAAUAUUAAACUGUAAAAAUGUAUUUAAUGUAUUAUUUAAAUGAGAGUGGUGAUCGAGUGUAUACUCUGAAGAAAGUUGAUCCAAAUGGAAAACCCACAUUAUCAGCACAUCCAGCUCGAUUUUCUCCAGAAGAUAAAUAUUCUAGAGAAAGAAUAACAUUAAAGAGGAGGUUUGGUCUAUUACUCACGCAACAACCAUUACCUACUUAUUAAUACUUAUUUGUUAUCUGUAAUUAGGUGUACCAAUUCAAUAUACAAAAAAAUGCAAUUAAAUUUUAUAAUCUAAAAUAAAUAUGUAAUAAAUGUA